CCAACUCUUCCUUUUUAGAAUUUGGCUUCUGAACUCUCUUUUCUACUCCUUUUUGAUCAGAUCAAACGCCAAAAAGCCCAAAAACAAUAUGGAAGAUGAGGUAAAAGUAGCCCAUGUUGCAGAAGACGCAAGUUCAACUACUUCGAGAGUAUUUCCUUGUUUAUUUUGUUCAAGAAAGUUUUACAGUUCUCAAGCUCUGGGAGGCCAUCAAAAUGCGCAUAAGAAGGAGAGGAGUGCUGCAAGAAAAGCUAAGCGGGCAAGUGAGUAUGCACAAGGAUCUUUGCCUUUGCCACUUCCUACGCUUUUGGCUCCAACUCAUCAUUUGGGCAUUUUACAUCCUUCAAUGUAUAUUACUGCGCACGCUGCCAAUCUUCGAUGCUUUCCUACUCAACAAUCUUCAGAUCGUUUUGGUUCCAAUGGUGGUGCUCCUAGGUUUGAGAAUGUAGCAUAUUAUGGUGGGAGUUUUCCAAGCAAUCCAUAUAGUUUUGAAGAGGAUGAGCAAAGUUUCAUGAAUUGGCAGAGAAGCAUACGAUGCAAUAACUUCAAUGGAGAAGGCUCAUCCCAACAUUUAUCAAUGAUGAAUGAUGAUAACAAUCACCAUCUUGGGAAUUAUAAUGAUAAGGAUCAAAAGCUUGACCUUUCUCUCCAUUUAUAGAAAUGGAGAAUAGGGAUAGGAGAGAGUGGGUGCGUUAGAGAGGAAUAGAAAUUUUCUAUCUUACCUUUUGUGUUCAUGGAUACAAAUUUGAGAGCAAGUGAUAUCUUUUUUGGUUUUUAUUUUUGGAGGCCUUAAGUUAUUUCUUCUUCACUAAUAAUGAGCAU